UACAAUAAAGGGUGAGACAGAGAAGAAAUUAUGGGAUGCUUUUUGAUUGGUCUUCUUGUGGUUAUUUUGUCGAUUGGAAAUAUUAUUGAAGAAGCAAAUGGUGAAAUAUCUCCAAAAAUUUUGAGCAACAUAAAGAUGAUGAAUAAAAGAGGCCCUUAUUUGGGGAUUGUAGCUCCAAACAACUUUGAGCUUAAUCCUCUUCUCGCUUCUCGAGCCUAUGUUCCUUAUCCCUCUUUACCCUUCAUCGAUUUUGCGGGUAGAAGAUUUCGAUUUGGAAAUAUAUCAAACCAACGGGUGGUGAUCGUAAUGACGGGAUUAGGAAUGGUAAAUGCAGGAGUAGCAACACAAUUACUAGUGAGCCUGUUUAGGCUGAAAGGAGUUUUGCAUUAUGGAAUCGCUGGAAACGCAGAUGUUAGCCUUGAUAUUGGUGACGUCACUAUUCCUAAGUUUUGGGCACACUCUGGUCUUUGGAAUUGGCAGAGGUAUGGAGAUGGGAUUGACGACGAGCUAGCUUUGGAAGCUGGUGGAGACUAUACUCGGGACAUUGGUUAUCUCCAGUUUUCUAAGUACAAUAACCAAAGCGACAAUUUGCUCAAUCGAGUUUGGUACCAACCGGAAGAAAUCUUUCCGGUCACCGGAACUCCGGAAGUCCGGGAACACGUCUUUUGGGUUCCCGUUGACAAGUCCUACUUGGAUCUUUCACGCCAACUCAAGGGCAUGAGACUACCACAAUGCGUGAAUACCACGUGUCUCCCUCGACCACCGAAGGUAACCAUCGUUGACCGUGGGGUGAGUGCAAGUGUCUUCGUCGACAACGCCGCUUACCGGACUUUCCUACGCUCCAAAUUCAACGCCACCGCGAUCGACAUGGAAAGCGCCGCCGUUGCUCUAAUCUGCCACCAGCAAGCCCUCCCUUUCGUCGUUAUCCGUGCCCUAUCCGAUCUCGCCGGGGGCGGCUCCGACGUUUCCAACGAGGCUGACUUGUUUGGCAGCUUAGCCGCGCAAAACUCCGUCGAUGUGCUUGUGAAGUUCGUUGGUUUGUUACCUACACACAAAAGCAAGACUCAUUCAUAAUAAUAAGUGUAAAAACAAGAUGUAUGAUGUAAUAUUAACAUUUCCACCAACAAAAAAGAUGUAUGAUGUAUCUGUCUUUUUCAAUAAUAAUAGCUAUGUUUGUACUCCAAAAUAAAACUGUGUUUUGCUCAUUUGCUAAAACACAUUCAUACA